AUGACACAACAGCAACAACUUGAGUGGCCUGUCAACAGGGUGCGAUCCGCUUUUAUCGACUAUUUUAUCAAGGAAAACGACCACACAUUUGUGCCCUCGUCCUCAACCAUUCCCCAUGACGACCCCACAUUACUCUUCGCCAACGCCGGCAUGAACCAGUACAAGUCUGUGUUCUUGGGUACCGUCGAUCCCAACUCUCCAUUGGCUGGUCUCAAGAGUGCCACCAACUCGCAAAAGUGUAUCCGUGCAGGUGGCAAGCACAAUGACUUGGAUGACGUAGGCAAGGAUACCUACCAUCACACCUUUUUCGAAAUGUUGGGCAACUGGUCCUUUGGUGAUUACUUUAAGACUGGUGCUGCCAAAAUGUGUUGGACAUUUUUGACCGAGGUCCUCAAGUUGCCAUCCGAUCGUCUCUAUGUUACUUAUUUUGGUGGCGACGAGAAAUUGGGAUUGGAAGCCGAUCUUGAAGCAAAGCAAAUUUGGAUGGAUAUCGGUGUCGCUGAAGAUCAUCUCUUGCCUGGUGAUGUCAAGGAUAACUUUUGGGAAAUGGGUGAAACCGGUCCUUGUGGUCCUUGCUCUGAAGUUCAUUAUGAUCGUAUUGGUGGUCGUAACGCUUCCUCCCUUGUCAACAUGGAUGAUCCCAACGUGAUUGAAAUCUGGAACGUCGUGUUUAUCCAAUUCAACCGUGAAGCUGAUGGCAAGUUGCGUCCUUUGCCCAACAAGCACAUUGAUACCGGUUUGGGUUUGGAGCGUCUUGUGUCCAUUAUGCAAAACGUCUACUCCAACUAUGACACCGAUGUGUUUGCUCCUCUUUUCGCAAAGAUCAAGGAAAUCACUGGUGCUCGUUCGUAUGAAGGCAAACUUGGUGCUGAAGAUGUGGAUGGUGUCGAUACCGCCUAUCGUGUUGUUGCUGACCACAUUCGUACAUUGACCUUUGCCAUUUCCGAUGGUGGUGUUCCCAGCAAUGAAGGUCGUGGCUAUGUCUUGCGUCGUAUUCUUCGUCGUGGUGCUCGUUAUGCUCGCAAGUACUUCAACUAUCCCAUUGGCAACUUUUUCUCUCAAUUGGUGGAUACCCUUGUUGAUCAAAUGGGUCAUCAUUUCCCUGAGCUCACCAAAAUGUCGGCUGAAGUCAAGUCCAUUCUUGAUGAAGAAGAAGUUGCUUUUGCAAAGACCUUGGAUCGUGGUGAAAAGCUCUUUGACCAGUACCGUAUCAAGGCUCAAGAAGCUGGCAACAAGACCCUCUCUGGUAACGAUGUGUGGCGCUUGUACGAUACCUAUGGCUUCCCUGUUGAUUUGACACGUGUCAUGGCUGAGGAGAAUGGUUUGACUGUGGAUGAAAAGGAAUUCGAAGCUGCUCAAGAAGCUGCCAAGAAUGCAUCUCGCAAGGCCAAGGGUGGCAAUGCUGGUGAAGAUGUUGUUGCUUUGGAUGUCCACGACUUGGGUGCUCUUGAAAAGAUGGAUGCUGUUCCUACCACUGAUGAUUCGUUCAAGUACUUGGCUGGUAAUGUUCAAGGCAAGAUCAAGGCCAUUGUCUUUGAGCACAAGUUCUUGGACGACACCGAGCAAAUUCCCAAGGAUCGUCGUUUCGGUAUCUUGACCGACAAGACCAACUUUUAUGCCGAAUCGGGUGGUCAAGAAUAUGACACUGGUAGCAUCAUCACCCUUGAUGGCGAGACUGAAUUUGCCGUACAAGAUUGUCAAUCCUUUGGUGGCUAUGUAUUGCACAUUGGUUACUUAAAGUAUGGUCAACUCAAGAUUGAUAGUGAUGUUGAGCUCUCCUUUGAUGCUCUUCGUCGUCAUCCCUUGAAGAACAACCACACUGGUACUCAUAUCCUCAACUUUGCUCUUCGCAAGGUGCUUGGUGAGAAUGUUGAUCAAAAGGGUUCCUUGGUUGCCCCUGAAAAGUUGCGUUUCGAUUUCUCGUUCAAGUCUGCCUUGACAACUCCUCAAUUGGCCGAGACUGAAAAGAUUUGUAAUGAGAUGAUUGCCAAGAACGACCCUGUGUUUUCCAAGGAAGUGCCAUUGCCUGUUGCAAAGGCUAUCCAUGGUUUGCGUGCUGUUUUCGGUGAAACAUACCCUGACCCUGUUCGUGUGGUGUCUGUUGGCUAUGAUGUCGAUGAGGUGACCAGUGAUGUAUCCAACCCCAAGUGGGCUACUACUAGUAUUGAGUUUUGUGGUGGUACUCACGUGGCCAAGACCGGUGAUAUCAAGCGUUUCGCUAUCCUUGAAGAAAGUGGUAUUGCCAAGGGUAUUCGUCGUAUUGUUGCCGUCACUGGUGAAGAGGCUCAAGCUGCUGAUCGCUUGGCCAAGAGCUUCGAGUCUCGUUUGGAUGAACUUGAAAAGUUGACUGCUGGCCCUGAAUUGGAUGCUGCUCUCAAGACCAUUGCCAAGGAUCUCGAUAGCAUUGCCAUUUCCACCGUUACCAAGGCUGAAUUCCGUGAGCGUUACAACAAGGUCAAAAAGGCUGCUGUCAAUGCUGGUAAGGCACUUGCUGCUCAACAGCUCAAGGAAGCUCAAGAUGCCGUCAAGAACCACUUUGAGCAGAACCCUGAAGCCAAGUUCCUUGUCACCAUGCUCAAUGUCGGCAACAACUCCAAGGCUCUUGCUGGUGCCAUUGCUUACACCAAGAGCAACCACAAGGAUAAGGCUGUCUAUGUCUUUAGUGCUGAUCAAACUUCGGGUCGUGUGUCUCACAAUUGUAUUGUCAGCAAGGAUCUUGUGGCUCAAGGCUUGAAGGCUAGCGAAUGGGCUGAUGUGGUCGCUGCCAAGGUUGGUGGUAAGAAGGGUGGCAAGGAUGAAGCUGCUCAAGGCUCUGGUGACAAGUUGGAUGGUUUGGAUGAAGCCAUCAAGGCUGCUGAAGAAUUUGCCAAGCUCAAGGUUUCUGCAUAA